AUGAGUGACGGGAAGCUCUUUACGAAAUCCAAAUCUGUUGAGCUCAAAGCAGAACUCGAUCAAGCGUUCAAGAAGCUGAAAUCCCAAAAUCGGAUAAAGAUCAUCCUCAAAAAGGUUAUAGCCAAUAUCGUUCUUCACAACAAUGAAUUAGUCAAUUUGAUGCCGGACAUCAUCAGUUUGAUGAAGAUUGAUGAUUUGGCAAUCAGAAAAAUGUGUUUCCAGUACCUUAUUGCCUACUGUCCGUUGGCACCAAAACUGGCAUUGGACGCGAUUCCAUUCUUGAACAGAUUCAAGGACGACAUCUCGCCCAUAAUGCGAUCAUUGGCCUUGAAGACAAUGACCUCGAUUCCCAUCAAGGAGUUCAUGGAACUAUCGUUCAGCACUGUUAAAUUUAAGCUUGAGGAUGCGGAUCCGUACGUUCGUAAGAUUGCAGCAUUUUCAGUAUCCAAACUCUACCAAUACGAUGCAGAACGAACUGAGAAAGAAGGUUUUAUUGACAGCUUAAACGAAUUAUUGUAUGACAAAAACCAAAUUGUGGUAUCCAAUGCAUUGGCAGCAUUGAGCUAUAUUACAGAACAAUCAAAAACGUUGAGUUUGACUAUCGAUAAGGCUCACUCGUUGACACUCAUUUCAUACCUCAGCAAUACUAAUGAGUGGUGCCAAGUCUAUUUGCUCAACUCGCUAAUGUCGUAUGUUCCAAGUACUACCAACGAGGCCUUGGAUUUGAUCGAAGCAACCAUCCCAUCUUUGCAACACGAGAACUCUUCAGUGGUAUUAAAUGCGAUUAAAGUAAUAAUUUACUACAGCAACUAUGUGAAGAAUCCAGAACUUAUUUUACCUUCUCUACCAAAACGUUUGGGGGCUUCCUUGGUGUCUUUACUCUCUAAACCUGCUGAAAUUCAAUUCUUGGUGCUCCGUAAUGUUAUCUUACUAUUAUUGGGAAGAAAGGAGCUCUUGAAUGUCGAUGUUGAAAUGUUUUUCUGUCGUUAUGAUGACCCAAUCUAUGUGAAAGAUACCAAACUAGAAAUAAUAUAUUUACUAGCCAAUGAAUCCAAUAGUCAUAUCGUGUUGCGGGAAUUGGAGGAAUAUGCUAUUGAAAUUGACGUCUCAAUGUCUCGAAAGGCUAUUAGAGCAUUUGGAAACUUAGCAGUCAAAUUACCAAAAUCAUCAAACGAAUGCGUGGAUUGCAUUUGUGACUUGAUAUCAAAUGGAAUACCUUAUAUCAUACAAGAAUCGGUAAUCGUCAUCAAGAAUAUCUUGAGAAGGUAUCCAAGAAAGUUCAAUUUUGCAAUCGACGUUUUGGUAAAACACUAUAAAUAUAUUGAUGAACCUGACUCUAAAACUGCUAUGAUUUGGAUUCUUGGACAAUAUUGUGAAGGGAUUCCAGACGUUUAUUCAAUAUUCGAGGAGUUUAUUUCCACUUUUAAAGAAGACCCAAUAGAGGUUCAAUCUGCUACUUUGACGGCUGUGACCAAAUACUACUUGAAAAUGCCUCAGCAAGGUGAAGCAUUAGUUUUGAAGGUAUUGAAAUGGGCUACGGAAGAAAUUGAUAAUCCAGAUAUUAGAGACAGGGGAUUCUUUUACUGGAGAUUGUUAUCCUCCGAAGAAGCCAAUGGGCAAAAUGGCGAGUUCCAAGAAAACACGAAACGCAUAAUUUUGAGUAAUAACCCAUCAAUAUCAUCGGAAAAUGAUAACAUCGAUCCGAACAUUUUGGAGGAACUUGAACUUAAUAUUGGUACUCUUGCAUCUAUUUAUUUGAAACCAGUUCAACAUGUUUUCAGAUUGGCAAACAGAAAGUUCUUGCCACAGAGCCCUGCAUUGCAACCAAGACCUAAACAAUCCCCAAUAUCAUCAGAAUCGAGUCCUGCUCCUGACGAAGAAGAUGAUCCUGCUCCUCCUCCCCUGCGUCCAUAUCUUAAUGGAAAUCAAAGUGAUAAUUUUUUGCAUGUUCGGAGAAACAAUUCACAAAGAUCAAGCAAGCUCAGUCUUCCCAGACAAGCGUCAUUUGACUCAGGGUUCUCCAACGAGGAAUUUCCGGCCAAAAAGGGAAGUUUUGCCCAAAGACUUUCACGGAAGGCUUCAAUGAUUACUAGUAGAAAAAAUUCCACUAAGUAUUAA